AUGGACAAAAUAGAAUCUCUCUCGUCGACGCUGGCGAAUAUCACGAUGUACGACAUCAAAUCGAUGUACAAUCAGGCGAAGAAUGUCGUACUGAAUGUUAGUGAGAUGGAGGCAAAGGUUAGAGAGGCUACCAAUGAUGAUCCUUGGGGUGCAAGUUCGACAUUGAUGGGUGAGAUCGCACAAGGGACUUUCAACUUCGCCCAGUUCAACGAGAUCAUGCCCUGUAUCUACGGACGCUUCAUGGAGAAGGAGGCUCGACAAUGGCGUCAAAUCUACAAGUCUUUGCAACUCUUGGAAUACCUUGUCAAAAACGGGUCGGAGCGGGUCGUGGACGAUGCCCGGUCACACAUCGCUACUCUUAAAAUGCUGCGAAGCUUCCACUACAUCGACGACAAGGGCAAGGACGAGGGCAUCAACGUCCGGAACCGUGCAAAAGAACUAGUCGAGCUGCUUUCGGAUGUAGAGAAGAUUCGCGCAGAACGUCGCAAAGCCAAAGCCAACAAAAGCAAGUUUAUUGGUGUCGGAAACGAUGGAUUUGGCAUGUCUGGAGGAAGUCGUUAUGGUGGUUUUGGAAGUGAUAGUUUAGGUGGCGCUUCAAGCUGGAACGAUCACUACAGCAGUGGUGGAGGGAGUAGCUACGCUGGACGAAGCUCCUACAACGAUAGCAGCAGCAGCCGACGCCAGUAUGAGGAAUAUGACGCCGGUGGCGACGAGAUUCGAUCCAGCUCGAGCAAUACCCGAUCAAAUUCCGUCCGAACUGCACCUAAGAAGGCAGCACCUUCCCCUCCGCCUCCCGCACCCGCUCCUGUUGUUGAUCUGCUGGGUGGUUUCGACGACGAUGACGGCUUCGGUGCACCGGCUACAGCGCCAGUCGCAGCUCCCGCACCACCGGCCACAAACAAGGCUCUUCCCAUGGUCUCUCUCGAUGACGAUGACUUUUCGGACUUCCAACCUGCUCCUGUGGCGCAUGCCGCUCAGCCUGCUGCCCCCGCUCCCGCCCCAGCCGCAGCGGCAGCUGCCAAGCCAAAUCUCAUGGACCUCCUGAGCCAGCCGCAAGCUCGACCCGCUUCGACUCCUCUCGCCCAGCCUGCUGUCCAAGCUCAACCUCCUCCAGGCUUCGGCCAGCCCCUGGGUGGACACCGACCCACCCCUUCUCUCUCCGCUCAGCCCUCUCAAUUCGCAGCUCCCAUCGGCCAAGUCCAAUCCCAGCCUUUAUUUGGCGGCGUACCUUUGGCUCCUACCACCAACGCCUCCUCUCCCGCUGCGCGACCCGGUUCGACCCCUGCUGCAGCACCAUCCAAGCCUGCCAGUUCCGCCAACUUUGAUGAUCUCUGGUCCUUGUCGCUCGGAUCGGCCAGCAAGUCGAGCAGCUCUUCUGGAGCACCAGCCAAGUCAAUACAGGAUUUGCAAAAGGAGAAGGCUAUGGCGGGUAUCUGGGGAGGUGGAUCCGCAACGAAGCCAGCUGGUGCCGCGCAACAGCCCGCCUUCCCCGCCUUUGGAGGAAGCUCAACCACCAACAACACCAGCUCUUCCGGCGGUGCUGAUGACCUCUUGCUCUAA